UUGCUAGGCACACCGCGUAUUAAUUACAAUUUUUCAUAAGAUAAUGCCGGGAAUUGCAAGUGCAACGGGCCUAAUGGGAGCGCGUAUACGACCAGUUUGUCGUCCUAAAACAAAGUGCGUGGAACUGUCAGGAUCUGGUAAGCCAGCUCCGUUUAUCCUUCGGCCAUUUUCUAGCCUCUUCAAUCCUUACCCUUAUGGCUGCUCCGUAUUAUGUAAUCACCCAGCAGACUGCGAGGCAAAAGAGAUUCUCCGUAGAGCUAAGGAUUCAUGGGCAACCGAAGGAAAAGCGGUGUUGUUGCCAGAAGAAAUGGAUAUGAUCAGAACAAGUCUAGCGGCUGCAACUGGUGCGCUCGAUGCAAGUGGAAAUCCAACGGAAACACGCAACAUCGAUACAGCUCCCAUUCCCGAGGAAUUAUUUCGAAAAUACACCGAAACUGACUCCAGGCCUAUGACGCCUGCACCUACGCUUGCCAGCGGACCUGCUUUAACUAAUAGACAGAUUCAGGAAAAAUUCCCGAUGACUUGCGUUCCACAAGAACGUACUAUGCUCGUCUUAGAUCUUAGAGCGAGCUCUAAGAACCAAACGGAAAAUGAAUCUUUCACUUGGCACGCUUUAACUUUAGAGCUGCCGCCAACUAAUCGGAAAAACAAGAUUUUACUAACUAAAUCGACUCCUCGACAUCAAUCGCCGAAUCUCCCGACCGAUGUGCCAUUUCCGAGCCCGAUCACCUGUGAACCGAGUUCCAGCAGGUACAUAGAGGAAGGUGAAUCAGGACGAACAAACAAGGAACACGCGGUAAUUCACAGAAGGGGAAAGCGAUUGCGAAAGGGAAAGUACAGAAGAAGAUCAACUUAUAGACAACAAACAGAGGUCCAUGAUCUACUGGAACCAACCGAAACUCAAAUAUCGCACAUAGGAGAUGGUUCUAGAAGAACUUCAAUUCACACAUCCAAUGACGACCCAGAAAAUUCAUCACCGCCCAAAAGGACCUCCGCAUUAGCAACCGUGUCCUCUGUAAUACCUUCCAGUUUCAUUCCACCAGAUAUCCUGAAACAUUUGUGCAGAGAAUUGGAUCGAGAUAAAGUGGAGGGAGAGUUUCUAAUCAGGAGAAGAAUUGGGUACGAGGAAGCUCUCCGGGCUAAGGGUGAAAGCUACACACGCUCAAAGGGAUACCAAACAUCCUCGACUCUUGCUAUGGCUGGCACGUCACGAGUGUUUUCCCGUCAAGCAGUUCGUUUCGAAAUUCUUGACAGUAAAAGUCUGCACGGAAUGACGGUUCUAGAAUACAUCGGACGGCACGUUUUCGUUUCCCCGGGAAGAAAGUUAAUUUUCGGUACAGUUUUCAACAAGUUUCAAGAAGAAGUGUCACGAAUUAGCAGACACAUAUUACCGAAAGAUGUUCGCGAAGCUCUACAGGAAAUCAUUGGAAAGCCGAUGACCGAAGAGCAAGAAGCAUAUUUGAAUUCUAUGAUCGGGGAAAUUACAGAGCCGUUGAGUUUUCGAACUUGGUGCGGUUUGUGUGCCACAGCGGAACGAUUGUUGUGCCCUUUUCCGCAAAAAGAUGUCGAUCCUGCAUCGUGGUUGGAAAGGGUGGAUUUCGAGAUGCUAGAACGAAGACUUGAAUGUACAGAUAUAGAUCCAAAGCUGCGUUUGUUUCUGAAGGAGAUCUACAAAAAAUAAAAUAUUGAAAUACGUAAUCUCCUAGCUUUGCGAAUAAUUAAUGCUAAUGCUAGCUGUUAUAUAGGGUGUCAGAAAAAUGUUGGAGGUUCUUGAAAGGGGUGGUUCGGUGGUGAUUUGAAACUACUUUUUCCAUAACGAAAAUGUUGCCCGAGGCUAAGGAAAAAGUUGUUUCAAAUCGCCUCUCGAAUCACCCCUUUCAAGGUGUUACAACAUUUUUGGGACGCCCUGUAUAUUCGACCCAUUUUUUACCAAACAAGAUUUCAAUAAAUGAAAUUUGUGUGCCGGUUCGUACUGUGCGAUUACAUUUCAGCAAAUAUUUCUGUUAAACUUAUAGUUUCGAAGACAUCUGAGGUCCUAACAAUUAGUGUUGGUAUACGCCCUUCGCAAACAAAGAAUCAAUCAAUGAUUGUACUUGGGAUUUCCUGUAAAACGAAGAAGGAAACCCUCCCCAAAAAUAUGAUGAAAACCUAUACUACCAUUUUUGGUUUUAGAUACUAACGUACACGCCUUUCUUU